UGCCAUCAUUGAUUCUGGACACAUCAAGUUCCGGGGAGAGGCCUACCACCCUUAUCACUUUAACUGCAGCUCUUGUGGUUCAGAGCUAAAUGCAGAUGCCAGAGAGAAGUCGGGAGAACUUUAUUGUCUACGCUGUCACGAUAAAAUGGGAAUCCCUAUCUGUGGGGCAUGCAGACGUCCUAUUGAAGAGAGAGUUGUACAUGCGUUGGGGAAGGCUUGGCAUGUAGAGCAUUUUGUGUGUGCUAAAUGUGAACGUCCAUUUUUUGGAACUCGUCACUAUGAAAAGAAGGGACUGGCCUACUGUGAAACUCAUUACCAUCAGCUGUUUGGAAAUAUUUGCUUUGUUUGCAACAAUGUAGUCACAGGAGAUGUGUUUGGUGCCUUUAACAAGUCCUGGUGUGUAGGCCAUUUUGCAUGUUCUAUCUGCGACAGGAAAAUGAGUCACAAAACCAAGUUCUUUGAAUUUGAUCUGAAGCCCGUGUGCCGUGUAUGUCAUGAAAAGUUUCCUGGGGAACUUAAGAAGCGACUGAAGAAAUACCACGAAGAGGUCUCCAAGAAGCAGAUCAUGGCCAAUAGCUAGAUAUUUAUUUAAUUAAUUGUGGAAUAAAAGUCAGCAUUAUCAGAGAAUGACUAGAAAAACAGAGUAAAGCAGAGAGGAGGAAGUAUAAACGGGAGAUGUUAAAGGAGAGAUGUGUAGAUUAAUGAAAAAAGAAAGCAGACUUUUUCUUUUCUUAAUUUUGAAUUCGACCUAUUUCUGUCAAAAUUUUUUAUCAAAUAUUUUUUUCUAGUAUAAAGGGAAACAAGAUUACUUGUAAUGUACCUGUAGAACUAAGUAAAACAACAAUGUUUUGUCCAUUUGAUUUCAAGUUGACGUUAAAUUUAAAGAUAUGCUGGAAGAACUUUUUAAAGAUGAAAUAUGUUUGACUGCUGUUUUUAUACUCAUUUUUGCUUUUUCAUUUAUAGCAAUAAUUAAACUGAAUGAAAAAUAUUUAGCUUAUUAGAAACUUUGAAAAAACCAUUGUAAUAGGAAAACAGUGAACAGGAAAAGUGCCAUUAGAGUCUCUGAAAUUAGCUGUUUUAAACAUUUAUAGUGUGAGUAUACUUUUUUGAAUGUUGCACAAUAAACAUGUAAAUUCAUUAUUAGGAAAAAGUUUUUCAGAAAAACACCUAUUGGACAGGAAAUUCACAGAUAGAUAUAAUUUGUUAAAAUUUUUUGUGGAAUUGUUUCAUAUAAAUACAGCUGCUGUAAAUCAAAGAAAGUUAAAUGGUCAGUCUUUUAACUCUGUGGUAGAUUUCCUGUUACAUGGUUUGGCUGGUUUUUGCAUGACUUAGUGGCUUACAGGGUUUAGUUUGUGCAUUGUUAUGUUAAUGUAUACCACAAUUCAUUACGGUGAUGUUUUUUUAUUUUUAUUUUCUCGGUAAAUUGUUUUGUUGACAACAAAAUGACUCAGUGGAUUAAAGAAACAUUUUACUGGAAUACAAUGAAAUACUGUAGAUUUCUAAAUAUAUGCGUGGAAUUAAUUAUCGCUUAAUUUCGCAAGAAGGACCACACGCCAAAUAAAAUUACUCGCCUUUAUUUUUAUCAUGCUGAAAUCUCUAAAAAAUAUCUUGAUCAAUCGACCAUUCGCGAAUUAUUAUUCUCGCUGUUUGACGUUGAAUAGCCUAUUCGCAAUAAUAAGUACUCGCAAAUAAUAAGGAAUCUACAGUAGGAAAUAUAGUAAAUUAGAAAUCUUUCCUUGUAGUUGUUACUGAGAUCAAGUUUGAUAUCUUAUGAUCUGCUUUGACAAUCUUCAGUUGUUAAUGAUAUCUAAAGAUUAAUUUAAAAUAUAUUUUCAUGUAAGGAAAUCUGGAAUAUAAAGGUGUUGAUCUCUUUUAAUAUUAAAUUUUGUCAUGUGCUUUACAUAGACCAUUUUUUGCAAUAGUUUUAUGAAUUUGAUUCUGAGUUAAUGAUACCAUUAUUUGUGCUUCCAUGUUAAAAAGAUUUGUCAUUGCUUUUUCAAAAAGAACUCCAAAUUGCAUUUUGUAUUUAAAUAUUAUUAGAUUUUGAGCUUAUUACAAAGAGAGACAACUCUGUCACAUUUAU